CGUGGAUGCUCAAGCAAGCCAGUGUUGUUUUCAGGGUCUUUGGAAGUGUGUUAUCUCCAAGAAUGUUUCCCGGAAGGAAUCUGAGAACAAAAUCGACUGCCCAGAGAAGCAAGGAGAUUGCACGAAAUGAGACAUGGUGCUCGGUGUGGAGCCAGGCGCAGAGAAUCAAGACACAUUGUAUGACCAUUAGCGGAUCAAAAGGCAUCGGUACCGGUGACGCCUCUGAUUCAUCGACCUCUUGCACUGGGUGUAGCAUCGGAUCUCCGCCUUCAGGGUUUACAGAAGAUUCCGUCUCGCCAGUGAAGCCAGCCUCGUUGAGGGACUGUGACCUGGCGGAUCCCUCCGACUGAAGGGGAGGACUCGAAAUGGGAUCGGGGGAUGUGUGUGAUGAAGGUGGAUUAACGUCGGGUGGAUUGGGCAGACCAGAGAAGCUUCGGCCCCGGAAACUUGUGCGCCCCCGGGCAGCCUGUAGCUGACUAGCGGAACGCUCUGUCGCGAGGGAUGGAGUUUGUGCGUUGGCGGACGGAUGCUGAUCAAUGCGUCCCCGCUGUGCUAGUGAUCGACUUGCAGAGCGCCCGUUUGAGCGUCCGCGAUCCAUAUGGGAGAGGCAGAGGUAUCUCUGAUCUGUCUGCCGCUUGCCUCGUUGCACAGCUCGAAAAACUAGAUAUACCAGGCAAUUAAGGCAGUUAAAA